CGGUUCUCUAUUCCUCCUCUCACUGUGAACUCUCCACCCAUCAAAGUACAUCUCGGUAAUGUUAUCAGGAGAGGAGGACGUCUUGUGAAAAAAACAACCCUGAGGAUGAGGGUAGUCUAUCAUGUGGCACCUCAACCACCUGCUUCAAAUUCAAGGGGUUGGUUGGUUAAGGUCACAGAAGGUGAAGCUCUACUGCACAAAACUCAUAUCAUGUUACAUCCUCUCUCUGAAACCCCAUUCCCAAAAAACCCGGUAGCUAACCCAUUAUUACCAAAGGAAUUGAACUUACAUGAUUUUCGGGUAUCUGAGUUGUCGAGAACUUAUCACACUCCUUACACUUUUCCGGUGGCAGUGUCCUUGAAUUCUGAUUGUCCUGCACUUAUGAUGAUUGUUGAAGGAAAAUUGUACCACUGCAAAUUAGGUGUUGAUGGUGAAAUUCCAAAGUGCAAGGAAAUUGAAAGUCUCAUCUCCUCGAUCAAAUAUGUAGAUGUUAUUUGUCAUGAGGGGAAGUUCUAUGUUGUCUCCGUUGAUGGGAGAACUGUAGUGGUUGAUUCUUCUCUGACUGCUAAGAUGAUUGCAACCCCGAUAAGUGCUCCUGUGAUUCCUAGAAGUGUUCCUGCUUGCAUUCGCAAGAGGUAUUUGGUUGAGUCAUUCGGAGAACUACUUUUAGUUAUAUAUCUGGCCACUACAACAGAAUGUAGGCAUCUUUCAGAACUUGGUGUUACAUUCGAGAUUUUUAAGUUGAAUGCAGCUGAGAAGCAAUGGGUCGAGAUGGCAACUUUGGAUGAUCGAAUAUUGUUUGUGGGUGAAGACAGCUGCUUCUCUGUGCUUGCUCGAGACUUUCCUGGUUGCAAAGGGAACUGCAUUUAUUUCUACGAUCCUUGCUCACGUAGAUGUAAGUAUCGUUCGCAACCACGAAUAUUCAGUAACAUUGGAGUGUUCGACAUUGAUGGCGGUGGCAGUGGCAGUAAUCGUUCACCUCGGGUGUAUUUUCUUGAUGAUGGCGGUGACAGUGCAAAUAUCUUUUGCCUACCCCAAGAUUUGGCCUUGGCAUGAUUAAUGUGAAGCUAGCUGGAUGGCAGUAAUGGGUUUUGACUCAGAUCGAACUCGAAAUGCAUCGAUUAUAGGCCUAUAUAUGAAUGUUUGUAAUAUCAUCCUUGGGGUAAUUCUUGACCUAUGAGGAUUAUGAAGAUACUAUUCUCUAAUAAGGAAGAUUCUCUUGUAUGCUGUUUCUGUUCUUCAAAUGAGACCAUGGUUGAGUCUUCAAAUAGAGUUCCUUCUUCCGGUGAUCACAAAUUGCCGACGAACUGUUUGUUGAAAAAGGUACUUCAUAUGCAUUUUUCUUUUUCUUUUAUAAAUCUUAUGCUAGAUGAC